AUGCUCAAGGCACAGUCUGCUGCUGCCGGAAGUCUCCACCAGACUUUGUCGCAGUAUUCAGCUAGCAUUGCCACCGAUGGCUCCUCGUCUGUCACUGGAAGCUUCAAGACUGAUGACUCUGUAAAUUUCAUCACCUUCAACCAAGAUGCCUCGUGCAUCGCCGUAGGUCUCAAUAACGGAUACAAGAUAUUCAAUUGCAAGCCCAAGUUCGGCAAAUGCUACCAGAUUCGCAAGGAAGAGUCCGUAGGUAUUAUAGAGAUGUUAUACUGUACAUCUCUUUUGGCCAUUGUAGCGUUGGGAGAGGAGCCUGGUUCAUCUCCACGCAAACUCAAGAUCGUCAACACAAAACGGCAAACGACCAUUUGUGACUUGAUCUUCCCGUCGACGAUUCUCCAGGUCAAGUUGACGAAAUCUCGACUCAUAGUGUUGUUGGAGGAACAGAUCUAUAUCUACGACAUCACCACCAUGAAACUAUUACACACUAUUGAAACCAGUCCUAACUCCAUUGGUCUCUGUGCUCUUUCCACUACGCCCGAUAACGACGGCAACAACUAUUUAGCAUAUCCGUCCCCUCCCAAAACCAUCACUCACGACUCGUUGCUAGCUUCAGGUAUAAAUACCAAUGGAGGCACCAAUUCUGUCGUCAACAACAUUCUGUCAGUAAGCAAUAGCCCCAAUCGAGUAGGUGACGUAAUUAUGUUCAAUUUAAACACAUUACAACCGAUGUCGGUGAUUGAGGCUCACAAGUCGGCACUUGCUGCCAUCACACUUUCCAGUGAUGGAAGCUUGUUGGCGACAGCCUCAGACAAAGGUACCAUUGUAAGAGUCUUCAGUGUAGCCACCGGAGUCAAGCUUUUCCAGUUUCGCAGAGGCACCUACUCUACAAAGAUCUACUCAUUAAGCUUCAGCUCAGACAACAAUUACGUGGUGGCGACGUCGUCAAGUGAAACGGUACAUAUAUUCAGACUUGGAGAACUGGAAGCUCUAGAAAACAAGCAUAAGAAGAAGAAAGCUUCAACGCCCAAGCCUACUCAACCCGAAACAAUAGAAGAAGAAGAUGCGACUUUAUUGCAAGAACGUCCACUGCAGGAAUCGACCCAAGACGACGAUGAGUUUGCUGAUGACGGCGACGAUAGCGAUGAAGCUGUAGAAGGUGAUGACAACGACGAUGAGUCGCUCGAAGUGAUUUCCAAUAAACAGCGUAAGUUAUCACAAGGCUCGUCAAAUUCAUUUGCCAGUUUCAAUUCUGGAACAGACGAUUCUUCACAAGCAGCCAAAAACGAACCUUUAAUAGACCAAAAUAGACUAUCGGUAGCCAGAUUGAUAAGGCGCUCGUCGCAGACUUUGGGACGUAAAGCAGCGCAAAGGAUGGGAGACUUCCUUCCACUGCGAUUUUCGUCGAUCUUGGAACCUACGAGGCAUUUUGCCUCGCUCAAGAUCAAUGCCAUAGGCAAGGAUGUCAAGUCCAUAGCCGUGAUGAAUAACGAAUUGCAAGAGGAUUUGGUACCCCAGGCAUUUUUGAUGAGAAAAGACAGCGACUCUUAUCUCCUGAAGGAGAUGUUGUCGUUGAACCUAUUACAUAUAUACGUAGUAACAUCGGAAGGGUUCUUCUAUACCUACGGGUUGGAUCCCGAGAGAGGAGGCGACUGCAUUUUAUUGCACCAGUACUCCUUGAUUGACGAAAGUAAUUAG